AUGCAUUUCUGUUUUGCUGGCCUGAUUGCUCUCUACGCAGGGAGCACCCUGGCGGCUCCGGCACAAGGCUAUCAUCAACCUAAUUCCAAAGGAUUUCGCAUGCAACAUGGGCUUGAGACUAUUUUAGUGCAGCCCUUUGGCUACGAUGGCUUUCGAGUGCGUGCUUGGCCAUUUCGUCCCCCGACAGGACAUGAGAUCGGCUUUGUGUAUGACCCUCCACUUGAAGGACCCGAGAAUGGCGAGGCACAUGGCAUGGGCUUCGAUACUGUCUCUAAAGGCAAUCAGUCUGAAGAGCUUCGUAAUGGAAACAUGAUUGUGCGCACGUCUGGCUGGGGUGGCAACCCUGGUGGAUACCGUCUAGCUUUCUACAGGGUAGAAGUCAAUGGCACAGAAACAUUGCUCACGAAUGAGUAUGCGCCGCUCAAAUCAAUCAAUCCACGAUAUUACUCGUGGAAUGGCCCCGGAAGCGAGUUUGCCGCAGAAUUCUCCUUCAGCACAACACCGAAUGAGCAAAUUUAUGGAACAGGAACCCAGCAGGACCACCUUGUCAAUAAAAAGGGAAUGACCAUUGACCUCAUCAAUUUCAAUACGCAUAUUCCGACCCCAGUCUUUAUGAGUAGCAAAGGCUAUGGAUUUAUAUGGAACAUGCCAUCAACAGGCCGAAUGGAGUUCGGCCCGCUGCGCAACAGAUUCACGGCGGAUUCCGCAACAGUAGUUGACUACGUGAUAGUAGCUUCAUCAAAAGCCGGUGAUUACGACACGCUUCAGCAACAUCUCUCGGCUAUCACAGGGAGGGGGCCCGUUCCGCCAGACUGGUCGCUAGGCUACAUUCAAUCGAAAUUACGCUAUGAAAACCAAACUGAAGUAAUUCUGCUUGCCGAAGAGUUUCAAAGACGCCAAAUUCCUGUCUCAAUGAUUGUCAUUGACUACCAGUCAUGGGCUCAUCAAGGUGACUGGGGCCUCGACCCACGUCUUUGGCCUGACGUGGCUGAAAUGUCGCAGAAGGUGAAGAAGCUGACAAAUGCUGAAAUGAUGGCAUCUCUGUGGCCCAGUGUGGCGGAUAACAGUGUGAAUUAUCUUGAGAUGAUGGCACAAGGGUUCCUCUCUGCCACUCGAUCUGGCCCUGGCACGACCGACUCCUGGAAUGGCUCCUACAUCCGGAACUACGAUUCAACCAACCCAGGCGCCCGAUCUUUUCUGUGGGAUACAUUGAAGAAAAACUACUUUGACAAGGGCAUUAAAAACUUCUGGAUUGACCAGGCCGAUGGCGGAUCUCUGGGCGAAGCAUACGAAAAUAAUGGUCAGAGUAGCUAUAUCGAAUCCAUUCCAUUUGCGCUUCCAGAUGUACUAUAUGCGGCUGGUACCCAAAGCAGCGUUGGCAAGCUAUACCCAUGGGCUCAUCAGCAAGCUAUUGAAGAGGGGCUUCGGAAUGUGACCUCCACAAAUAUGGGAAAUCCUUGUGAUUAUCUCUCGCUGAGUCGGUCGGGCUAUAUUGGCUCGCAGAGAUUCUGCAGUAUGAUCUGGUCCGGUGAUACGACUGCCGUCUGGGAAACACUCAGUGCCCAAGUGGCAAGUGGUUUAUCAGCAGCCGCAACCGGUUGGGGCUGGUGGACCUUGGACGCUGGGGGCUUUCAAGCAGAUCCAACAGUGCCCUGGAGUGCAAAUAUCGAUACCCCAGAAUACCGCGAGCUUUAUGUCCGAUGGCUACAGUGGACGACCUUCCUCCCGUUCAUGCGCACCCAUGGCUCAAGGGCGUGUGACACCCAAAAUGCCUACACAUGUGCCAAUGAGCCAUGGUCAUAUGGGGCAGAGAACACCCCAAUCAUUGUUUCUUACAUUAAGCUUCGCUACCAAUUGACCUCAUAUAUUCGCGAGGUCUUUUCUCAGUUCCAUAAGUCCGGUCGUAUGAUAAUGCGCCCGCUCUAUAUGGAUUUUGAAACUUCAGACCCCCAAAUCUCGGCGUGGACUAAGGACAACAGCAAUAUUACAACCCAGCAAUAUAUGUUCGGUCCGCGGCUUUUGGUCACACCCGUUACCAAACCAAAUGUGACUGAAUGGUCCGUCUACCUGCCACAGACCGGGAGUGAUGAGGUGAAGCCGUGGACAUACUGGUGGACCAACCAGACCUAUUCAGGGGGUCAGACGGUCACUGUGCCUGCUCCGGUCCAGCACAUCCCACUUUUCCAUCUCGGAUCUCGGUCGGAGAUUGUGGCUGGCAAGAUAUUUCCCUCCAAUGUCACGUGUCCAGAGGUCUAG